AUGGCGAAGCACCCUCUGGCUGGCUAUACUAUCGAGGCCUGGCGGAGCUACCUGGACGUGUUCAAUAAGCGGCUGCUGCUGCGUCAAGCAAGUAAAAUUGACGAGCUCUCGGUAUUCAGAGAGGCCUACGGGGAUCGCGGGUUGGCAACAACGCUUCUGAGGGCAAACGGUAGCAGAGAAGCGCGGAGUAGAGCCAACGUUUUGCAGCGGGCGCAGUUUAAGGACUGGUCAGAGAAACGUGUGCGCCCCGAGGACGUUCUCACGAAACUUUACAAGGUGGACCGGAUUACUAGCGACGACAACAUGGUUGUGGACGCGUAUAUAAAGUGGCUUGCAAACGAAGCCAAGAAGUAG